UGAAUGUCAGAAAAAAAAUACCGCCACCAUAUUGAAAUUUAGUUUAUCGAUGAAUGAUGAUGUACAAGUUGUUUUGUUAGUAAUUUUAGUGUAGAAAUUUUAAUGUAUCGAAUUAAAAAUGUCGGUCGGAAAUACUGGAAUGCAACAACUGAUUCCUAUCGUAAACAAACUUCAAGAUGCCUUCGUACAGAUGGGCGUGCACAUGUCCCUAGAUCUCCCUCAAAUAGCAGUUGUGGGUGGUCAAUCCGCUGGAAAAAGUUCAGUGCUAGAGAAUUUUGUCGGCAGAGAUUUCCUACCCAGAGGGUCUGGUAUAGUCACCAGGCGACCAUUGAUUUUGCAGCUGAUAAAUGCAAAUGCAGAAUAUGCGGAGUUCCUCCACUGCAAGGGCAAGAAGUUUGUGGACUUCAAUGAGGUCCGUGCGGAGAUCGAAGGCGAGACGGACCGCAUGACGGGCUCCAACAAGGGCAUCUCGCCCGUGCCCAUCAACCUGCGUGUCUACUCGCCUAAUGUGCUGAACCUGACGCUGAUCGACUUGCCGGGUCUGACGAAGGUGCCCAUCGGCGACCAGCCGGUGGACAUCGAGGCGCAGAUCCGCGGCAUGAUCAUGCAGUUCAUCAAGCGGGAGUCCUGCCUCAUCCUCGCAGUCACACCAGCAAACACCGAUCUCGCCAACAGCGACGCCUUGAAGCUUGCCAAAGAAGUCGACCCCCAAGGUCUCCGCACGAUCGGCGUGAUCACCAAGCUGGACCUGAUGGACGAGGGCACGGACGCGCGCGACGUGCUCGAGAACAAGCUGCUGCCGCUGCGGCGCGGCUACAUCGGCGUGGUGAACCGCAGCCAGAAGGACAUCGAGGGCCGCAAGGACAUCAGCGCCGCGCUCGCCGCGGAGAGGAAGUUCUUCCUCAGCCACCCGUCCUACCGCCACAUCGCGGACCGGCUCGGGACGCCGUACUUACAGCGAGUCCUCAACGCUCAGCUCACCAACCACAUCCGGGACACGCUGCCCGGCCUCCGGGACAAACUGCAGAAGCAACUGCUGACCCUGGAGAAGGAUGUCGACCAGUACAAGCAUUUUAGGCCUGAUGACCCGUCGAUCAAGACUAAGGCUAUGCUGCAAAUGAUCCAGCAGCUGCAGACAGACUUCGAGCGCACGAUCGAGGGUUCCGGCUCGGCUCAGAUCAACACCAACGAGCUGUCCGGAGGAGCCAAGAUCAACCGCCUGUUUCACGAGCGGUUCCCCUUCGAGAUUGUGAAAAUGGAGUUCGAUGAGAAGGAGCUGAGACGGGAGAUCGCGUUCGCUAUCCGCAAUAUUCACGGUAUCAGGGUGGGUCUGUUCACCCCAGACAUGGCGUUCGAGGCCAUCGUGAAGAAGCAGAUCGCGCGGCUAAAGGAGCCGAGCCUCAAGUGCGUGGACCUGGUGGUGCAGGAGCUGUCCAACGUCGUGCGCUUCUGUACCGAGCGGAUGAACCGCUACCCGCGCCUCCGCGAGGAGACAGAGCGCAUCAUCAUGUCGCACGUGCGGUCGCGCGAGCAGCAGUGCAAGGAGCAACUCGUGCUGCUCAUCGACUGCGAGCUCGCCUACAUGAACACCAACCACGAGGACUUUAUUGGAUUCGCCAAUGCUACGGCGGCACUGGACGUGGGCCAGAGGAGACUGCAAAACAAGAACAAUGCGCAGAAUCAGUCUGAGAACUCGGCCAAGUCGGGGCACCGUGCUCUCGGCAACCAGGUCAUCAGGAAAGGAUACAUGUGCAUACACAACCUCGGCAUCAUGAAAGGAGGAUCCCGCGACUACUGGUUCGUGCUCACCUCCGAGAGUAUCUCCUGGUUCAAGGACGAAGAGGAGAGGGAGAAGAAGUACAUGCUGCCCCUGGAUGGAUUGAAGCUACGGGACCUCGAGCAGGGGUUCAUGUCGCGCAGACACAUGUUUGCGCUGUUCAACCCUGAUGGAAGGAAUGUGUACAAGGACUACAAACAGCUUGAGCUGUCGUGCGAAAACCAAGACGACGUGGACUCAUGGAAGGCGUCGUUCCUGCGCGCCGGGGUCUACCCGGAGAAGACCUCGGAGGCAGCCAAUGGCGACGAGGGCGAAGGAAACCAGUCGAACGACAGCGCCGGCACCAGCAGCAUGGACCCGCAGCUCGAGCGCCAGGUGGAGACCAUCCGCAACCUCGUCGACUCGUACAUGCGCAUCGUCACCAAGACCACGAGGGACCUGGUGCCGAAGACCAUCAUGAUGCUGAUCAUUAAUAACGCCAAAGAUUUCAUAAAUGGAGAGCUGUUGGCGCAUCUGUACGCUUCUGGGGAUCAGUCGCAAAUGAUGGAAGAGUCCCCGGAAGAAGCCCUGAAACGCGAGGAGAUGCUGCGCAUGUACCACGCGUGCAAGGAGGCGCUGCACAUCAUCGGCGACGUGUCCAUGGCCACGGUGACCACGCCCGUGCCGCCGCCCGUCAAGAACGACUGGCUGGAAGGCCGCCUCGACACCAACCCGCGCCUGUCGCCGCCCUCGCCCGGCGGCCCGCGUCGCGCCGCGCCCACGCAGCAAGGAUCCCUCGGCCAACGGGGCGCCCCGCCGCCGCCAGGCGGAGCGGGCACGGGCCGGCCGGCGCCGCCGCUGCCGUCGCGGCCGGGAGGCGCCGCGCCCCCGCCGCCCGGCGGCCGCCCCCAGCCCGGGCAGGGCUUGCCGGCCCCGCUUAUACCCUCGCGUCCGGGGCCGGGUGGCGCGGCCAUGGCGGCCGGCGCUAUGAACCAGCUGCCGCCGCACAUGAAGCAGCAGAUCAACCAGGCGGUGGGCCAGGCCGUCACCAACGCCGCCAUCAACGAACUCAGCUCCGCCUUCGCACGGUUCAAGUAAACCCACACGACCAGCGCACGACAUACCUCCGUCCGGUGCCGAAUGUCCCUCCGAAGCUUCCCGAGCGACCACAGAACGGGCGGCCAUAUUGAAUCCACCGCCGCCAUCUUGAAUUAAAAUAAUUAUCUGUAAAUACGAAGCAAAUUCAAGUGUACAUUGCUUUAAAUUAUGUUUAUGCUUAGCAUAUUAGUUCGUCAUAGACUUUGAGUCAGUUGAAAACUAAAUACAAUAAUAGCUAGACGAUACGGUUUCAGUAUUCUGGAUUAUGUUGCAUUAUCAUUAUCACAAUCACACGAUUGGCAGGAUGCCUUCAUUGUAGUGCAUGUCGAUAAGAAAUUUAUUUAAAAUGUACCUAAUUGAUAAAUUAUUGUAUAACAUUAAUUUAAGUAGACACACUUGUAACCAAUAAAUUGGUGUAACUACAUUGAACACUAUAAUGAAUGCUACCACACAAAGAGUAACACAAUACAUUAUAAUGUAUAUUGAUAAAUUUAACAAAUGAACGUGUUAUUCCUAGUAUAUCAAGCGAUAUCUUAUUGAAUGUAUUUUGCAUGGUUCCUAAAGAACCUUUAAACAUUAAACAAUGGUUUUACUCAUUUCCAGUCAUUCAGUAGUCAAAUGGACUGAUAUUACAUAAAAGUAUUUUAGAUUACCUUGUGAUAGAUUGGAGGCACCUAUUCAAAGAGCCGUGGACAUGAGAUUGUUAAGAGAAAUGUAAACAUUAUAGUUGUUAGUAAGCGAUGGUGUAAUGUAAUGUGGCAUUUAGUAGUAAAUCUGGCUGGUGAACAACUGCGUAAUCUUUAUGUAUAUUGUCAGUCUAAAGGAUUCAUUUCAUGGCCAGAUACUUCAGAUAAAUAAUUAUAGUCUUAAUUAACAGACCGGUAGGUAAAUAUUUGUCGGAUAAUAUUAUUUAGAUCAAUUUAAUAAAAUACUAUUUAUGAAAUAAUUCAGUUACGAUAAUCUAGCUCUACGAUACAAAGUUCUACAUCAUUAUGUUAACUUAUAAGAUGGAAACUAAGAUGAUUCUUACACCCAUAAAACUAUUGUGACUACAAAAUAGAUCAAGUUUUAUGUCACAUCAUAUACUUUCCUAUUCAAAUUCAAAUUAUUUUUAAUUAAAUUGGUAUCAUACGGUUUUUUAACUGUAUUUGUAUUUAUUUCUUACAUUCCCUUAGCGAUAGUUGUUCACUUGCCAGUAUUUUUAUGUGUAUAUAGGCAUAGGUAUAUAACGAAAAUUGUAAUAUGACUGUUUAUACUUAUGUGUACUGUUGUAUGCAAAUAAUCUUAAUAAAUGUGUAAAUAUUUAA